CUCUGCCCCUGAAGGACAGCAGGAGGAGGUUUUUGCACCUUGGGACAGUUUCCCUUGCCCUUCCCAAUGCAGGCACCGGGCAGCUUCAUCCCUGAGGAGAUUCAGGGGCUCCUUGAAGAUGCUGAAGUUUACCUGAUGAAUGGGCUGCAGAAUGAGAACCUGAGCGCUAGAGCAAGAGAAGAGAGAGAGAUGAUUCUUUUCAACUUCCAGCAUAUCAAAGCCAGGUACCACUUGGAAUUUCUGCCCCGAGGAGGGGAUGCAGUGGAUGCUGGUUAUGCACAGGACAGCUCUGAUGACAACCAGAGCUGGACAUGUGCCCCUUCCAUGGUAUCGGAUGCAUCAUUUCCAUCAGAUUACCAAGAUGAUGGGUCAGAGGACAACAUACAGAAACCUACUCAAGAAGUGGAGAGCAUUUUGAAGCAAGGACACUUGGAGAAGAGGUCCCGAGACCAUAGUUUUUUUGGGUCAGAAUGGCAGAAGCGAUGGUGUGUCCUCAACAGAAAGAUCUUUUACUACUAUGCCAAUGAAAAAAACAUGAGCUCCUUCACCAUUCCAUAUGAUGAGGAGGACGAGGAGGAAGAAACUUAUGAUGACAUUGACAGCUUUGACACUCCAAACACAGCAGUACACAAUGCUAGCCUGAAUAUGGAGGAGGCAGAGGCGGCAGCAGCCAGUGGUGAAGAGGAGGAUGACAUCUAUGAGGUUCUACCAGAUGAAGACCUUGACAUGCCCUUUCCAGAGGACAGAAGGGAUGCUGGAAGUAGCAUUAAAACUGGAGGCUCCAUGAAAGAUUAUGCAAAUUAUUACCAAAGCAUGUGGGACUGUAUCAGCGACUACCCGGAUGAGCUGUCCUUCCAGCGUGGUGAUAUCAUCUACAUUGUGAGCAAGGAGUACAAUAUGUACGGCUGGUGGAUUGGGAAGCUGAACAAUGUGGUUGGGAUUGUCCCCAAGGAAUACCUCAUGCCUGCUUACGACACAGAGGAGAGCUGAUCAAAGGGAAUCCCUAGCACUUUGCCUCCCUGUUUCCUGACUUUCCUGAGAUACUGGACAACACUCCCCAGCCCUGAGGUCUCCUCUCUACUGCCACCUUGCAGGCUCCUGCGGACACCCCAUCUGCAUUUGCACAAAGAGAAUCCCAUCCCCAUGCCCCUGGCACUAAUGGUGUCUUGGAGAAAGCCAUUUUCUCCUCUGAGCUCACCCCAAGAUGAGAUGCACCCCACCCCACUCCCAGCCUCUCCUCUACUGGAUUCAGAAUGACAUGUAGCUGGGACCUGACUCCUACAUCCAGCUGACGAAGACCCUGAACAACCAGCCAGUGGAGUUUGUCUCUGUUUGGGGCAAGGUGGUGACCCUGAAUAAACCAGUGUAAUUUU